AUGUCGACCGACUCCACUCUCUCAUAUGGAUGCGGCUUUUGGUGCAAGUUCUUCUGGUUUCUUUUCGCUUGCAGCAUCCUCUUCAACAUCAUUUUGUAUUAUUUGUUGACAGAGCUUCAGAAGGAGCACGCGAUUGUUAAGAGGGAGCGCUCGUUUGUGACUUUGGUUGUGUACGGGUGUCACUACGUAUGCAGAGGUCGUCAAGUGGGAGGCGAAAUCGUCGUUGACGAUUGGGACCACGGAUUCUUGCAGAGCUUGUGGCGGAGGUUGGACGGCGUGUUUGGCAGGGAAGAAAAGAUGGUUGUCCACACCAGAAGCUUCACGCCGGAGUCCAUCGCCUCCAGUUCCGCACUUUCUCUUGAAGAACCUACAGUCUCGCUACGAGUGCCAGUCCAGCAUAUGCUUCAUAAUGGCUUCAAAUGGCAUCCACGCAUCGUGGAGUACUAUGCGCACGGAGCGGUCGCUCUCUCUGGAACUCCCCCUGUGCACGAUCCCGCAUUCACUGUCAACUUAUCUACGACUGCCCAUGGUGAAUUGCACACGCCGCAACCAGGGGAUACCUUUGUGUAUCACUACGGCUACCAGCGCCAGAUCUUCUACUGUUGGAAUGAUAGAUGGAUGUCUGAUAAGGCGCAUAUGGCCGCGCACCCUGACGAGAAGAUAGCCGCGAAUCAGAUCGUCUUGUACGCAGAGGAGGGCGGGGUAACAGCGAGGUGGCUGAAGUCGUCUACCGCAAUACAAUAUGAAAGAGAGGCGAGGCGCAAGCGGUUAGCUGUCAGCCUCUCGGCAGGGAGCAAGUAG